UUUAAAAUCAUCAGCUGUAUUUUCAUGGCAAACUCUUUUACGCACUAUUACGUAGUAGAACCUCGAUUAUUGCAUGAAAGCAUUAAUCAUGGUGUUGAGAAGUGCAGGGAAUAGUCACUAAGCAAUGAAUAAUUCCUUUAAAAUUUGUUUCGACAUUCUGACGAUUCAUGGUAUAUAUCGAUUGUUUAUUAUUUUUCCAUUGAAGGAUCACCUAAGAUUAGUCUAUAACAGUGUAUCCCAAAGAUUUUUGGUUACAUGUGGAAAAUUCAUAUAUUUUGUUUACUUAAUUAUUAAAGACGAUUUUGAACGAAACAUAGUUUGAGAGAUGUUAAUCUACGAGCACAAAUAUUUUCUAGAUCUACGAGCAUCGCUUACAAUGUAAGGUUGAAAGUCGCUGCACACCGCAACACUGCUUCGACAAGAUAGCAUCGAAUGCUCAACUAUGCGUUUAAUUCGAAACUGAGCCUCAAAGAACCACAAGUCGGCAAAAUUUAGGGUCGUAUGGUGAGGCCAUAUAUAAAAGAGGAGUUCAUUAAACGACCGCAGUUAAAGUUUCGACGUGAAACCGUUAAGGAAGAUGAAAGACUUUAGCAUCGAAAGUAUUUUAUCUGACACGUUAGUUUUUAAGCAAAGUAAUCGAUUCGAAAAAAAAUUUCGAUCCGAAAAUUACGAAAAUUUCAAGAAAGAAAAUGAUUGGAAACAAUUCGAAGCGAAUUUGAAAAUUAGUGUAGAAGAAACACGCGCGUUGAGUAUGAAAAAUAAUUGUGGAUGUAUCGAGGAGAAGUCUGUAAUUAUCAAGGAAGAAAUGUGCACAAAAAUCGACUUGAGGAAAACUCAUGAAUUUUGUGAAAGGGAAAGUGGUGACGUCAGUUUGAAAAAACAUACCGCGUCCGAGAUGAAAAGAAAACGCGAAAUAAAUUUCAGAAAAAGUCCCAGAGGAUCACUAAUUGACAAACUGUUUAUAAAUUCUAAAGAACCUGAUAAACAUAAGCCUUAUAAGAAUUCGCUGGUACUUGAAGAAUUCCAAGACACUCGUCGUGAAAAGAAAUUUACGUCUAAUAUUCUUAACGGUAUCUGCAGGACCUUCGAUAUAAUCGACGCAAAACCAAAUGUUGCAAUUCCUCGAGUAGGGAGAAGUACGCAAAUUGAUGUAACAACAGAAUUGCGUGCGCAAGAGAAUUUCGAUCUAAUUGAGACAAAUGGGACGAACACUGCCGAAAGAAUUAGUGAAGAAUGCAAUACAGAUUCGAACAAAUUUCAAGUUGAAGAAUGUAAUUACAGGGAUAUCGAUAAGAACAAUUAUUGGAAGAACGCUAAAAUAAACGAUCAACUGAAAAAAGAUUCCGGGAGGAAUUUGAAGAAAGGCCAAAGAAAGUUGAACAGAAAUAGAAAAAGACAAAUAAAAACAGAUGAAAGUGGAAUGUUUAAUAAUAGUCAAAUUAACGAUCUAAAUUUAAACGAAAAUCGCAGCGAACUGUUGGGAAAUCAAACUAAAUGUUCGAAAGAUAAUUUAAGUAGAAAGUCGGAAAAAAUGGAAAGCAGAGAUUCAUUAUCCGAUAAUCAAAAUAGAAAAUUAGUCGAAUCUUUCGAAGAUGAAACGGAAGGAUUGAAAGUAAUGCAAAAAUUAAAAAAGUUAGAAUGGCUUCAAUUUACAAGAUACCGACCUCCGAAAAUUCACCGAAAAUCAACAAUUGGCAGAAAUAAGAGAAAGGCGAGUCUUCAGCCUCGAAUUCCAUUUUCAACCUUUCAACUUGAUUUUCUUGAACAAAAAUUUCGAAACAGUGCUUAUCUUUCGAGAAAUGACGUACUGGACAUUUCUCUUAAUUUAAAACUACCCCCUAAAAAGGUAAAAAUUUGGUUCCAAAAUCGACGUGCUAGGGAACGACGUGAAUUCCAUGCUAACACACAAUAAAAAGUAUAUGUAUAUAAUAGGAUACAACCUAUUGUUAACAAAUUUGUAUGUACUAAAAAAUAUUUUCAUCAAUUAAUUCUCAUAUACUCAUAUGUUAUAAGUCACAAAACUUCAUUUUUGCAGGUCUAGAAUUAAUAAAAUUUUUAAAAAUAUUGAUAUAUUGUAAAAACAUUUAAAAUAAAUUUGUAGAAUAUUAAGCAUAAACAUGUAAAUUUUCUUCGAAUUUGAGUUCAUAAAUGAUGUAUGAGAUUACCAUGCAUGACAAGUGUGUAGCUAUAUAUAGCUUCUAAUUUAUAAGAAAUACUAUGUAAUAUUGAUUUUUUUUUACA